CUUUCCCUUUCUCACAAAAUAGUCACACACAGGCGCCUAAACAAAACUUAAAGCACAUGUUCGAUUGAUAUAUACACCGGCGUCCAAGAUUAGGUGUUGUUGAACAGUAAUCAUGUUCAUUAAAGUUUCAGAAUAAGUUUUGUUAUGUUCUUUUUAAUCAAAAGAAGGAAAGUGUAGGAGGAUGACUUUGACUUCGGCUGUUGUCCGUCAGACGAAGAGGGCGGAGCCAGCCAGUGACAAGAGGCUGGUUCUUCUGAGUUUGUCAGUUCCCCCUAAAAAUAGAAGCCGUAUACCAGUGUGAGUGAAGAGUACGUUUAUGUCACACUAUCUAUUGGAGUCAUUGAUACAGAGUAUCUAUAUCCAGCGACGGACGGAGAAGAAAAAGGUUUUUCCCAGGGAGGGAAGCCGGUGGUUGAGAAGCAGAAGACAGGCAGAAGACGCUGAGAGCCGGAGGACUCUGAGGGGCUGGGUAAAGCAGUUCCAGCUGUGAGGAGAUCACUGCUCUGACGGUGGUGACGUGGACCGGACCAGAAACAGAGAGAAAAGAGACAGAGAGCGUAUGAUGUACUAGGGGAGCGACGUGGACAAGCUCGGGAGUUUUUCUGAUAUUUUUUUGGUGUCAGAGAGACGGCGGGAAGAAAGGACAGAGCAGCAAAAUGGGACGGAAGAAGAUACAGAUCACCAGGAUCAUGGACGAGAGGAACAGGCAGGUCACCUUCACGAAGAGGAAGUUCGGCCUGAUGAAGAAGGCCUACGAGCUGAGCGUGCUGUGCGACUGCGAGAUAGCGCUGAUCAUCUUCAACAGCUCAAACAAACUGUUUCAGUACGCCAGCACGGACAUGGACAAGGUCCUGCUCAAAUACACAGAGUACAACGAGCCGCACGAGAGCAGAACCAACUCGGACAUCGUGGAGGCGCUAAACAAGAAGGAGCACAGAGGCUGUGAUAGCCCGGAUCCCGACUCCUCCUAUGUCCUCACCCCCCACACAGAAGAGAAAUAUAAAAAAAUUAAUGAGGAGUUUGAUAAUAUGAUGAGAAAUCAUAAAAUCCCCAACGCAUUGCCACAGCAGAACUUCUCCAUGCACGUGGCGGUGCCGAUAUCGAACCCCAGCACCCUGUCCUACAACCCGGCCUCCCUGGGCACCCAGACGCUGGCCAGCACAUCGCUAGGCGACAGCGCCUUGCUCUCCCCUCACCAGAGCUCCUUGCACAGGAACGUGGGGUCCCCUGGGGGCCCCCAGAAUUCCCCCGGCGCGGGAAGCACAGGCAACGGCUUCUUAAACCCGCGGGGUUCCCCUGGACUCCUGAGUGUACACAGCGGGAAUGGGCUGGGGAAAGGGAUCCCCAACAAGUCUCCACCGCCACCCGGGGGCAACCUGGGCAUCGGCAGCCGCAAACCCGACCUGAGGGUGGUCAUUCCUCCAUCCAGCAAGGGCAUGAUGCCUCCUCUGUCAGAGGAGGAGGAGAUGGAGCUGAACACCCAGAGGAUAAGCAGCUCCCAGUCCCUGGCCACGCCCGUGGUUUCAGUGGCCACGCCCAGCCUGCCCCCGCAAGGCCUGGUAUACUCAGCCAUGCCCACUGCGUACAACACCGAUUACUCCCUGAGCAGCGCGGAGCUGUCCUCCAUCCAGGGCUUCAGCUCUCCCGGCGGCCUCUCUCUGGGCUCAAUGUCGGCAUGGCAACAGCACCAGCUGGGGCAGGCUGCCCUCAGCUCGCUUGUAGGUGGUGGUCACUUACCUCAGGGUUCCAGCCUCUCCAUAAACACCAAUCAGAACAUCAGCAUUAAGUCUGAGCCCAUCUCUCCGCCCAGGGAGCGAAUCACACCCGCCGGCUUCCUGCACCAGCAGCAGCAGGCCCCGCCCCCUCCGUCCUCCUCCUCCUCCGCCCACCCGUCUCGGCAGGAAGUGGGACGCUCGCCCGCGGACAGCCUGAGCUCGUCCUGCAGCUCGUAUGAUGGCAGCGACCGCGAGGAUCCUCGUACCGAUUUCCACUCCCCGCUCGGGCUGGGCCAGCCAGCAGGGGGCGGUACUGAGGGCCGAGACAGCCCAUCUGUCAAACGCAUGCGCAUGGAUGCCUGGGUCACAUAGAACUGCCCAGGCAACCUUCUGUCACCUGUCACCUGUCACCUGUUACAAGCUAGUCCAUUUGAGGAAAGGGAGGAGGUGGGGUGGGGUUUAUGGGGGGCGGGAGCAUCUAGAUCUCAUUAUUAUUAUUAUUAUUAUUAUUGUUAUUAUUUAACUUUAUUUCAUUAUGUAAGUAGCAAGAAUGGCAGAGGAAGAUUAAAGCCUAUCUAAAUUACGUAUAUUUCACAAAUAAAAACAUAACUAAGAAACGGAAAAACAAACAAAAAGUAAUAGGACUGAAUUAUGCUUUGAAACAAAUUUUAUGAGGUACUCAGAUACAAACUGUUCAAGUUUGGAACAGUCCAGUGUAUUUUUAAAAGAAAAUUCACAAAUUCACCCACAUGCAAAACAAUAUUGAUUAUUUAGUCACUUGUCCAGUCAGGCACUUACACUUAUAUUUGCUUCUUUAUUCCUGUACGCACAUUUCAGACAGAGGAAGUGAAGGCUUGUUCUCCGGUGGAGAGCAGAAGCUCACGAUGCCCAGAAGGAGGUUUCAUGGUUUAAUCAGGGCCACCUCCCAACCUCUAAACCAGCCAGUGUUCUAGAAUUCCAUUGCUUUCAAUUGCCAUUAGGGAUUGUUAAAUCAGAAUUAGAAUUUUCAAGGACACUGUAAUCACAUAUUUGUGAUCUGAUACCUUCAAGGGUUAAAAACACAGAUUGUAAGUUGUGACAUUUUUAAGAACAUAAGAAAUGUUCUUGAAGUAGAGUUUGAGCAGUUCUAGAAGCCUUGGCCCCUCCUGUUAUCUCCUGGGUGAGAUUUACAAUACAUUACACAUUCUGAGUAUAAGUCAAAAUGGGUGUUUCAUCUUUGCUUGAAAGAAUUUUUUUUUUUUCCAUCCUGGGCAAAAGAGCUGACCACAAACGUGAAGUUAAUUAAAAAUAUACAUAGAUAUUCAAUUGAAAAAGAAAAAUAGACAAUGUAUAUUUAAUAUAUAAUUGGAGAUAUUAGUAAAAGUUAUUAUGUACUCAAAAUAUACCAAUAAUUUGUGUUUUGAAAACCAAGCAAAGUAUUCGCUGCUGAUAUAUAUAUUUUUUGUAAUAAACAUUUGACCCGUUUGAACCGUUAAUUAUGUCAAGGCCAAGUAUCUAAUAUUAGAUCAACAAUUCCUUUUAUUGGAAGCCAAAGCUGUAUGUUCAAUAUUUUUUCUUCAAGCAUAGGUUUUUAUCAUUUCUUUAUAAAAGUUUGUUGUUUUAAUUUGAUUUUUACAUUGUGCUUUAUCACAAACAAUAAAAUCACUUUCAAGCAACACAUUGAAACAAUACCUAAAGCCAUGAACAGGAGCCCUUCUCUUUAUAAAUUUAAAUUUGAGCCAAACAUUUUUUUCUGUUUUGUACAUAGCAACUUUAAUAUAUUAUACUAUAUAUAUAUAUAUAUAUAUAUAUAUAUAUAUAUAUAUAUAUAUAUAUAUAUAUAUAUAAUGUCACCUUUGGUGUAAGUAUGUAUGUAUUAUACCUUGCACCAGAUAAAAGAAACAAAGUAUAUUUUUGUGGAUUACUGCCAAGUUUAAAAGGCAAAGUCCUUACUAAGUAGAGUAUUCACUGGUCGAUAUGGACUAUUUUGUUAAAUAUGCUGUACUUUCUUUAAAAAGGAAUAACUAUGGUUAGAUUUUUCAGAGGAUAGCGUCUGGGUCGUCCUCCCUUUAAUGGUAGUGAAUUUGUGUCCAUAUGAAAUCAUAAUAGAGGUGCUGUAGGGUUAAGCUUCACUGUAUAUUUCUGUAAAGGAGAACUGUAACGCUUCGCAAAACACGGCGCCAGUUGGAACAGGAAUUCUGUCUCUCAGCCGACAGAAUUCCGCAAUCCCCCGGCUGCUGACUGCACUGCCAUCUUUAAAACCGGUAGGCCACACAUCAUUUAACGUGCACACAGACACACACGCCCAUUCAGAACUGUGUAUCAGAUACCUCAGUCAAAUGGAAUUCAAAGCCAGUGGUGCACAGCUUAGUGAGUUGUUUAAGAUGUGUGUGAGCCAAGAGUGCACACAUGCACAUUAUUUCAGAAAUGCUGUUGCAUAUGACCACAGGUCUAGGAAGUGCUGAGAGCUUUCCCAGCUUUUAAAAAUGGAUGGAAAUAGACUUUGACAGUGGGACAGGUUGAACCCUUCAGAACAGACACAGCAGGCGGGAAAGUGUUUUGACACUGGACACCAGACGGUGGUGCCCGCAAUGCUCUACGGAGUUCAGCUGCACAUAUUUAAUAUCAAACCAUGCCAAGCCCACAGGGAAGAAUAUCGUGCCCUUAACAUGUGAUUCGCAUUUUUGGAUCAUGCCUGCCCUCUCAAUUCAGCUGGGCAGUCAGAGGGAUCAGCAGCCCAGCAGAAUAAAAGAACAGAAGCUUUUUUAAAAUGUUCCAGACUUUGUUAUUUCCUUGCUAGGCUGUGUGAUAAGUUAACACACGGUGCUCAGCCAUAACAGAAAAGAACCUCUUUCUUUGCAUUUGCUGUCUGUUUCCCCAUGUCUUAACCCAUGCUAUAGGCAUCGCUUGCACCCCAUUCCUGAAGCCAGUGUAGCUGGUGAUUGGCUGAUAAAGACCUAUGCAGUCUCAGCCUCCUGUCAAUGCCACAGAGAGAGAAGCUGCGAAGGUUAACGCUAGAGCCAUUGCACAGCGCGCUUGCCUGCUUACGCUCACGGUUACUUACGUAGCCUCUUUUUAAAAGGCGAGCACAGUCUGUGAUGAAUUCUGCUUAUGACUGUUAUAACCCCGCUUAGCCCUUAAGUUCUGACACUUGACUCCACUAACUGACAGGACUCUGAGGAACACAAGGACAGGCGUUUGCACUGCACAGCGGAGUUAACACUAACCUCAGCCCCUUUCUGUCACUCAAUGACUGUGAGAUCACAGACUCACUCACUCACUCACUCACACGCACGCACGCACACACAUGCACACACACAUACACAUACACACACACACACAUACACACGCACACACUCACUCACACACACGCACACACACAUACAUGCAGACACACUCACACAUACACACACGCACGCACGCACACACGUACACACUCACUCACACACACACUCACACGUACACACUCAUGCACACACACACGCACACAUACACGCACACACACACAAGCGCAUGUACAGGUACGCUCGCGUUCAGGCCCGCCUGCCCCCUGUUUUUGACUGUUGGCUCAGAGCAUUUACACCUGGAUUGUACCAGCAUGUAAAUAGUCACCAGACAAGUUUUAUCAUUUUCUUCACCAUCUGUUCAUAAUGAAAUAGGCUAAUACAAGGGCAUUGUGUUUGGUACUUUGUUCCAGGUGGUUCUAAAAUAAAAUGCAAUCACAAGUCAUUUAAUUUUAGUGAACAGCUAAAAAAAAGAGCAAUAAUAAAUAAUGUGAUAAUUAAAAUGGUAUUAAUAAAAUAUUUAAAAUAGUGACAGCAGUAACACAAGCAGAACAGGAUAAUGUCUCAAUCUGGAAUCAGGGACUUAUUUUUCCUCCUGUUAUAUGUACAAUUCAAUAAAACAACAUUGUUCCAAAGA